CAAGUCAACAACGCCAUAUACAAUACAAUACAAUUUUUGUUUCUUUGCAAAGGUUACGCUUUAUAAAAUGCUUUAAGCACAAAGAAAUCCACUAACCUCUCGGAGGAUUUUGGGCAGAAGUCAAUAUUACCUUGACAACAAACAUUACCUUAACAACAAACAUUACCUGGUAAGACACAUAUGCACCAGUUAGACAACUUUAUUCCGAAACGUUUCGCCUACACAGUUACAUCGUCUUCACAUCUCUACUGUUCCUGCCUACUUUCUGUAUUCGACUGAAGAAGCCUACUGUGUAGGCGAAACGUUUCGGAAUAAAGUUGUCUAACUGUUGCAUAUGUCUUACCUAACAACCUGUCGGUAUUGUAUACCAUUUUGAUGUUCACAACAAACAUUACCCUGACAACAAACAUUACCUUGACAACAAACAUUAAUAUAAACAUCACCUAGUGACACUGUACCAUCACACACAUUACAUCUCCGUCAUUAGAAGGAACCUCAGAGCAUUAUUACCAUCAUUUUGAUGAAGCGCUCAACCGGAAAUGGGAGGGUGGCUCCAGUUCCUCUGAUCUAAAGACCUUCACCAGCAUUAAGAAAUAUAAAGGUGCUGCAUGAUCCCUAUGACACCUCAAGGGAUGUUCUUUGAUGAUGUUAAGGGGCUCCUUGAAUCGAGUCUGAAUGCCUUCCAUUCCUCCAGGCACUAUAUGACCCCUAGGGGUUUAGCAUUUCCCAUGAAUAUAAUAAUAAUAAUAAUAAAUUAGAAAUGUGCAACACUUGGGUAUCUUUAAUGAGGAAACAUUUCACCACACAGUGGCUUCAUCAGUCCAUACAAAGGAGAAUCGUGAAGAACAGGAGGAGUUUGAGAUAUUAAUGGGACCUCAUACAUAGCAUCUCAAAGUUUUCUAAAUUUUCCACCAUGAGCUUGGAAUGGAUCAAAAGCCAAAGAAGCUUCCUCUCUCCAGAGGUGAGAAAUCUGCUUCAGGAGAGUAUGCAUGUUGGCACUGAUCAGGCAAUCUCUUCUGACUCUCAAAUCUGGGUCACAGAGAGCUGUGGAAUUGUUUGGGAGAAACUUGAGGAACUUCUGUCAGGUAUUGAGGAAGAAUAUGCAAGUAAAAAAUGGUAUUUUGAGGCUGUUGUCAAGCUAGCUCCACUCUUCACUCACUGCUAUAAUAUAUUGAUGAAACUCACACAAGAUGACUACAGAAGACUCAUUCAACCAUAUCUGGAAUGGACUCAUCAGGGGGCUGAAGUUGAUGCCUGCAUGAAGGAAAUAUCUGAGGGAAGUUUCAACAGUGACCAUCUUGUUGCUCUGCUUACUGUUACAGCCAUUACAGAGAGAUCUUUAGGAAAUCUUGUACUAAUGAAACAGGAACAAGUGCCAUUUUUGCUUCGAGACCUUCUUGUUACAACAGAAUUGAAGGAAUUGGUUGGAAACACAAGGGUUCAGCUGCUGAGGAUAUUACUGGGUUCUGUGUUGGGCAUAAAUCUCCGCAACAUUGCAUGGCAUGGCUUCCUUAGCCCCUGUGAAGCAAAUCCAGCAUUUGUUGCUACCCUCAUCAUUAUUCUUGCUGACUGUGGCAGAUGGCUCAAAGACUGCAGUGUUACUAAUGUUCCCUGUAGACCAUUUGUAUCAUUCAAAGAGGCAUGUUGUCCAAUGAGUGUAUUUGAAAAGGUUGACAUCCCACCAAGACCAGUAAUGGAAGAGGUGAUAACUAAAUCUCCUCUUGUUCCAACUAUUAUGAUUCCAGUGUGGAUGAAGGCACUUGAUCUGUUAGCGGAGAAAAGGUGGGGCUUGAGUGUAACAGCACUUCUGCCAAUGUUGGAGUGUUCUCUGCGAUGCUUAUUUGCUCAUACUAAUGAAGUCUCAGAACGAGUUUUAACUGCGGAAAAUUCAACAUUAUAUACCACUUUGGAUGAAAUUCUUGAACCUUGUAUUAAUGAAGGAAUCUGUGAUUCUGUAGAUCUUGUAAACGAUGAUCAGAGUGCAGAACAGUCCACUCAUAAUGUAUUGGAAGAAAAUACUAGGAAUAACACUGAUAUCUAUUUCAAACAUGAAAUUCCUUCAUAUACAUCUACUGAAGCAAGAAAGUUGUCAAGUAAUAAUCAUAUAUUACUUUUUAUUGGCAAAAAGCUUAAUGAAGCACUUCAUGAUCUUUUGAAUUUUGUACAGGGUCCUCGUGUGCGAGAUAGAAUAAGCCAUGGUGAGGUCAGACUGAAAGAAUUCCCUCAGGAAAUAGCUCAACAUACACUGUGCCUCUGUAUCCUUGUGUUAUCACUUGGCAACUGGAGGUCAAAAUUGCAAGGUAUAUGUAUUUGCAAUAAAAACAAGCACUGUAGUCAAUGUAAUGCUGACUAUGUUCAUUUUUUAGAUCCAGGAAUGGGCAUUAUGUGCUGUGAUUUGAAACAAAUAUAUAUCAAAAGUGUUGCAGGUAAUCAUAAAAUUAAGGAUUGCAUUAAUGGCUUAUUUGAUUUUAUUUCUAUAACUGAAACAUCAGAAAACUUGAAUGAUCUUUUAGCAGUGUUAAGUGACGGUAUUGAAAAGUAUAAAAGCAUUUACCAUCCAACUGCCAUACUUCACAAUAAACUAGUUUCUUCAGCAUCUCAGCUAAAGGACUGGUUAACGUGGAAGAAAGUAGAUGCUGAUGAGCUAGGCUAUGAUAAUUGGGAAGGUUGGAACAAUUUAGAGCUGCCAGAGAUAGUAUCUAUUUCUUCUCUUGGCAAUACACAUGAGAUCAAAGGCCUAAAUAAUAUUAAAGAUUUCUCUUCCCAGAUUUGCAAUGUCAAUUAUGAAGUCCUGUACAGACCAAAGCCAGAACUUGAAAUUGUAUCUAUUCUUCAGAGAAUUGCUUCAAAUGUUCACUCAGCUCUUGACAACAUUUGUAAAAAUCUUUCCAUCAAAUAUUCACAAUAUAUUGACAAAAAACUACGAUCAAGGCAGAGGGAAACGUAUCGUAGACAAUUAAAUGCCAUUCCAGUGAUAAUACUUAAUAUUUAUUUCACCCUUCAAAUAAUAUAUAUGGUAUUUUUCUCAGUAAAUAAAGUUUCUGAGCUUAGUAAGCCAUGUUUUAAUAAUCUAAUUAAAAUGUUUAAAUUGAUGCUCAAGGUUCAGGAGAAUAUUGUAUCACAAACAGAUCUUAAUGCUAAUCAUUGGGAUGAAGCAGCAUCAAACUCUCUCAGAAAUAUUGAGACUCUGAGACAAUAUUUUUCUUCUUAAAAAUUAUUGUUCUGUAAAAUAAUGUAAUUUAAACCAUUUUAUGUAAGUCAAGUAAUGAAAUUAUUAAUAUGGAAUAUUCUGUUCACUUCAAAUUCAGUGUGUGUGUAUAAGGUGAGGAUAAAUAUAAGGAAGUU